AUGAUAGACACUCUGAACGCCGUGUUUCUGUUCUUUGAUUUGUCUCCGAAACGACAGAGGUUCCUCGAGAGAAUUCUUGACAACAUGGCGCCAACCACCCGCAAGAACAAGCUUGUUGGGCUGUGCAAGACCCGGUGGGUGGAGAGACAUACAUGCUUCGACACAUUCUACGACAUGUACGGAUACUUAUGUGAAUGUCUAGAAGCAAUACUGGACCCAUAUGGAUAUCCAGACAUUUACAUGGACACCUGGACCGGCAGCUGGGAUCAAGAAACAAGGACGAAGGCGCAGGGGUUAUUGGCCAGUAUGUGCUCUUCACAGACAAUAAUCGCCUUUCUCGUGACAAAGAAUGCACUAGAGAAUGUAAGACCAAUUGCAUCUAAGCUUCAGAAGAGGGAUUUGGACAUAUACCAGGCGUACGGUAUGAUUGACCAGACCAAAGCUCGGAUUGUGACUUUGAGAAAAGACAUUGAAGAAGAAUUCAGUGUCUGGUUUGAGGAUGCCACCCGAUUGGCAACACUUGUCGGCAUUCCUAUCUCCGCUCCAAGAGCACCAAAAUCAGCACGACAACUCCAUCGACUCAACGCCCCUAGCACGACUCCAAAAGACUUGCCAAAUCCACCAACUCUCAGAGCGGAGAUAAAGGAAUGGCAGCGGUUUUGGAAUACCAAAAUGCCAAUGGAGUCUGCCUUAUCGCUCAACCUUGUGGAUUGCCUGGAUAAUGCUGACGAAGAUGUGUUCCCCAAUCUCAACACGCUGCUAAGAAUUGGGUGUAUCCUACCUGUGGGCAGUUGCGAAGCAGAGAGAUCAUUUUCCUGUCUGCGACGGCUAAAGACUUACUUGAGGAACAGGAUGGGAGAAAAUAGACUGACAGGACUGGCACUCAUGAACAUGAACCAUGACAUCGACAUUGACUUGGACAAAGUGUGCCAGGCCUUCAUUCAGAGACACAGCAGGAACAUGUUUGCUGGCUGCAUACUCUACCAGUGA